CUAUCUCAGAACACAAUCUAUUAGGAUGACUCGAUCAGUUUGAUAGCGCGGGCGUCGAUAUCCCGACUCUACUACUGGUCUGCUGGCGGGGAUCUGGUUGAUCUUUCCCACACGGUGACGUAUCAAUACAUUCUGCGGAGUUCACACAGCAGCCGGGCGCAAUGGCUGUCGGCGGACUCAAUGUGUCAAGCGGUGCAAGGGCUGCAGAAUACGAGGGACGAAUGACAUGGCGGGUGUUCAUCACCUGUGCCAUGGCAGCAUGCGGUGGCCUGCUGUUCGGCUAUGAUCUUGGUGUCACUGGAGGUGUGACGGGCAUGCCAGCGUUCUUGGAGGCGUUCUUUCCCAAUGUCAUUGCAGCAAAGGAGCGCGCCGCCAAUCAAGUAUCCAGCCCCUACUGCCAGUUUGAUGACAUGGUACUGCAGCUGUGGACGAGCAGCAUGUUCCUAGCAGGCGCCUUUGCAGGAAUCGCGACGAUCAUAUUCAAGCCGUUCUUCCAGCGCAUCGGGCGCAAGGGAGUCAUGAUCAGCGGCGGCAUCGCAUUCGUGGUGGGUGCUGCGCUGCAGGCAGGCGCUGUCAACAUGGCCAUGCUCAUCAUCGGCAGGCUCUUUCUGGGCCUGGGCAUCGGAUUUGCAAACCAGGCGGUGCCCAUCUACAUUUCCGAGAUGGCGCCCCACAAGUACCGCGGCGCCCUCAACAUCAUCUUCCAGCUCAUGACCACUCUAGGAAUCGUGCUGGCCAGCCUCAUCAACUACUUGACGCAGGACCAUGUGUGGGGAUGGCGUGUGUCCAUUGGCCUGGCGGGUGUGCCGGCGGUGGUGUUUCUGGUGGGCAGCUGCAUCCUGGACGACUCCCCCAACAGCCUCCUGCUCAACUACAAGGAGGCCAAGGGCCGCCAGGUGCUGGUGCGCAUGCGCGGGACGGAGAACGUGGGCGCGGAGUGGGCGGACAUCUGCGCGGCAGUGGAGGAGGUGAAGGCGCAUGAGGUGCAGUUCUGGAAGUCCCUGGCCGUCCUCUUCAGUCCGCGCUUUUGGAAACUGGCGCUCGCAUCCGUCGCCAUCCCCCUCUUCCAGCAGUUCACCGGAAUGAACGCCAUCAUGUUCUACGCGCCCCAGAUAUUCCAGGUGAUGGGCAUGGGUGUGCGCGCGUCGCUGAUGUCGUCCAUGAUCACCAACUGCGUCAACUUCUGCGCCACCUUUGUCGCCAUCCUCACCGUUGACAGGUUCGGGCGUAAGCCGCUGUUCUAUGUGGCGGGAGUGACCAUGUUCAUCAUGCAGACUGCUACCGCAGCGCUGACUGGACUGACCUUCACCGGAGCCGCCAUCCCCAAGGAGCCCGCCGACGCCCUGAUCGUGUUCAUCUGCAUCUUCGUCGCCUGCUUCGCCUUCUCCUGGGGGCCCCUCGGCUGGCUGGUGCCCUCUGAGAUCCACCCCCUGGAGACGCGCGCGACAGGGCAAGCUGUGACUGUGUUCACCAACUUCAUGGCCAGCUUCAUCAUCGGCCAGUUCUUCAACAGCAUGCUCUGCAGGAUGCAGUUUGGCGUGUUCUUGUUCUUUGCGGCCUUUGUGGCAAUUAUGACAGUGUACGUCUGGAUACUGCUGCCGGAGACUAAGGGAGUCCCCAUUGAGGAGAUCAUGAAUGAGUGGGCCAAGAUCCCAAUCAACCCCUUAAGGAGCAAGGCAAAGGUGUCUGCAGACGGCAAGGCCCUGAAGCAGAGGAAUGUUUCCAGCCCUCCCCACGGCGAGAAAGAUGGAAACUCUGAUGCAUAUGACAAUGUCGACCUGCGUGCAUGAUGGCGCAUGCAAGGAUCUGAAUGACCUGUACAAGGCUUUUAUUUGAUGUGCUACAAUUUUGAUGACGUCAUUGAAUUUUGGAACAUACCGCGGAAGUACGCAAGCUGCAAAGGAUCCCAUGCUGUUGGCCCAUCAUGAAGAGUUUUUGACACUGUAAGAAGUUGAAGUGCAU